AUGGAAGAUUCAAAAAAUCGUGCAUUUGAUGCAAUAGCAAGAAGAGAAGCUCAUGAGCUUCAGUUGCAACAAAAACACAAGAACAAUAAGAGAAUUCUAGAAAGUUCUCCCGAUUUUAAGUCCACAUCAAAGAAAGGCAAAUAUUCUUUCUCAGUGCAAACUACUAAAAGAGAUGUUGAAGAAGAUCAUCAUCCUAUAUAUCUUCCACUCUCUCACCCUGUACAUGAGAAUUUAGCAAAGUCGGAUCUUCAGGGAAAUGUAGUGGACAAAAUUUUGCAUGAACUUUUACAAAGUGGAGAUUCUGCUCAAAAUUACAUGCAAGGAUCAAGAAGAAUGAAAAUUGAUAAUCGUGUUCAUCUUGAUAAUAAAAUAAAAGACAAUAAAAAAUCUGGAAUUAUUACACUUACAAAAGCGUUACAAAGCCACUCAAAAAGAUCAAAAAAACACAUGUCGAUGAAACAACACAAGAAAUAUGGGUCUUUGGAUUUGCCUCAAGAGCAGCAUAACUUUGAAACGUUUAAACCGAUGCAUGAAAUUUGGAAAGGGUAUAUAAUGCAACUUUUGAAGAGUGUUGGGAAAAGCCAAAUGGCUCAAUGUCUUCUUGGUGCAGAUCUUCAUGGUGCACUUAUUCUAGUUGCACAAUGCAAAAUGGAUGGGUUCACUGGAGUGAGUGGGAUCAUGAUUCGUGAAACUGCAGAGACAUUUGGAAUAAUCACAAAAGAUAAUAAAUUCAAAGUUGUAGUGAAGAAGGUAUCUGUAUUUAUGCUCCAAAUUGAUUGCUGGAAGAUUACACUACAUGGAGAUAAGUUAACUUCUAGGAAAAUUGGCCAAUGAUUUCACAACUUUAUGUAAGCUUCAUAUGAAUAUAACCCACUUUCAUAUUUUUCUUGUGGGGAUUUUAUAUGAAUAUAACCCACUUUCAUAUAUUCUAAGCCUCUAUUUUACAUGGGAACACUUCUAUAUGCGUAUUUAUUUCUGAAAUUUACUCUGCGU